AUGCCGGUGGAAUUGACCCCAUGGGAGACACGUUUAUUGGUGGAGGAGAAUUUGGCAAUAUUGGUUUCCAAAAAGACCUCCCUGUUGAAAGAGGAAACGGAAGAAGAACGUCAAAAAUAUCAAGAGGAGCUAGAACAACGUCUGUCACAACAAGAGGAAGCUUUGAAAGAUGAAAAGCUGAAACAAUCGCAGGGAAAUAUUGAUAAAAUAAUGGCAGGAAAAAGGAAGAAACUGUUGAAGCAGGGUGUGCCAGAAAAAGAUAUCAACUUGGAUCCUCAGGAAAUUCUCAAAGAAAUCCGGCAGGGUCUCAAGUUUGAAAGGAAAAACGCUUUACUGGAUAUACCCUGCGCCCAUCCGGAAAUACAUGAAUCCCACCUUGUAACAUUCUCCGACUCCGAUACCUCAUUAGAAUACCAAGUGUUUCGUGAUUUAUGGUCACGGGGGAAAUUUGUCACGUGUGGUGAUGCUUUUGGUGCUGAUUUCCUUAUCUACCCUGGGGAUCCCUUGCAAUAUCAUGCUUCUCAUGUUGUAAUCCUGCUAGAGAAUGGUACUAUGAAGGCUUUGGAAUUGGUGGCCAAUGUCCGAUUAUCUGUGAUGGUUAAUAAAUUGUGUAUGGUGGCAUAUUUUGAUGAGGAUGACGAUGAUGAUGAGGGUAGUGAGAGAGUAGUAGGACAACGUAAAAUAAUAUAUCAAACUAUUACCUGGAUGGGUGAUAAGGACAAGGAGCGAAGGCUACACGGAAGUAUGAAUGUAAAUGCUUCAUGA